AUGCGGGUUCUCUGCCUCCACGCCUCCGGCUCAAAUGCACAAACAUUCGAAGACCAGCUCAGCGCUAUCCGCUAUCAACUCGGAGGCCGGCAUCAAUAUGAGUUCGUGGAGGGUACACUUGCCGCCAAGGCAGAUUUGGGGGUUACGUCUACUUUGUCUCCUGAUGCAAGGAACUUCGCCUACUUCGAACCCGACUCACCACAGUCUUUACUGGCGGCCCUGAAUGACCUGGAGCGUUAUGUCGAGCUGGAAGGGCCAUUCGAUGGGUUGAUUGCGUUCUCUGAUGCCGGCGUUCUUGCGUCGACGUUUUUGGUGCGUCAAGCGCGCAGAAACCCGAAAUCACUGGGUAUUGGGAUGGCUGUCUUUUUCUCCGGUCAAGCUCCACUGGACCCUGAUCUUCUUGCUGAUGGCAAGCUGAGUAAUCUGGACCACGGGACUGUAGGGGAAGUGAUCUGCAUUCCCACCGCGCACAUCAUGGGGCUUGCGGACUGCGCGGAAUCUGAGGGUCUGGUUAAAUUAUGCAAGGAUCAGGUGAGAGAGGUGUUCGUUCACGACGGGGGUUUAGAAGUUCCCAAUGUCGAGAAUCGUGCGGGUGUGGUUGGAAGUGCCCGCGCUAUAGAGCGGACAAUUUGGAGGAUACAAGCCAAUAGCGGAGUGCAAGUGCGAUGA